AUGUCGAACGUCGAUGAAUUGACAAAAAUGGCUAGCGAUGGUCAAUUACCAGAAAAAGUAAGUUAUAAACAAGCAGUGUGGUAUGAGUUAUUUUUUCUGUAUAGCACACAAGACUUCAAAGAACAAGUUAUUCGAAUUGCACAGAAAAAAAACAACCAUGUCACUCGUGUUGUAUUGAUCGCAGCUCGAAAAGCUGUAAAAAGGAAUCCGGCAGAAUGUCUUUCAAUAUUCACUCAAAUGGCAGGAAAGCUGAAAAACCGACGAGAAAGCGAUCGUUCCGUGUGUUUUGA